AGAAACCAGUCAAGAAGCCUGCCAGUAAGGACAGUAAGGACCGGGAAGCUGCCAGGAAGAGGCUGAUGGAGGCUAAAGCAGCCAUGAAGGCGGCCAUGAUGGCGAACAAGGAGCAGGCGGAACAGAAGGAGGAGACAAAGGUCACAGAGGACACCGUGACCUUCGAUGGAGGGUUCUUCAAGGUCAACAGCCCAGCCAAGACACCACAGUUCCACUGUAGAGCUGGCACCCCUCUGAAGGCCCUGAACCCCAUGAGUGAGGAAAGGAGACUGUCCAGAACCAUGGACCCCCAGAUGCGCCGCAAGUCAAACCGUCUCACACCUAAACCUGUCAGUCAGCUGAUCCAGGCUCUCACGCACACACCAGGAAACAAACAGUCUCCGGUUGCCAUGGAGACCAUGAACAAGACCCCCUCAUCUGCAGGUCUGCGCCGGUCAGGCAGACUAACCCCUCAGCCAAUGGCAGCGCUGAUCCCUGAAGACACGCCUGUUGCCAUGGGAACAACGGAACUUGUAGUGGUUGGGACACCCCUGAAACUCCAUAGCCCGAUUGGGGAGGGGUCAGAGUUCACCGAUGAUGCCGUCGCAGAAGAAUGUUUGGAAGAUGGGACUGUUGCCAUAACAACGGAAAUGGUAGUGGUAGGGACACCUGUGAAACUCCAUAGCCCCAUUGGGGAGGGGUCGGAGUUCACAGAGGAUGGUGUCACAGAAGAGUUUUUGGAAGAUGGGACUGUUCCCAUAACAACGGAAAUACCCGAACAAGGAGAGGAAAGGAAGCAGUCGUUCAGCAUGUUCCUGAUGCCGACCACCUCUGCUGCUGACGACAGCGGCACUAACACACUCGAGCCCAUGGAGACAGAACUGACCAACACGUCCGACACCGAGAUGCACAGCCCCAUGAAGCGCAGCCUGACCACCAUGUUUGACCAGGAAGGUCAUGCCAAGGUCAAGACUCCGGCCAGGAGAGUGGCCAGGAGGAGCGUGGUCAACUUUGUGUCUCCUCCGGAGGAAGGCUGUCUUGCAAAACCUCUUCCUAAGACUCCAGCUCCUAGCCUGUUUAAGUCCAGACCAGCUACAGAGGAGCUGCCAAUGUUCUCCCCUCUCACUGCCACAGUACCAGACAAACCAGCCUGCGCCACCCCAGCCACUCUGCUGGCCAGUCUCAACAUGAACCACUCAAGACAAGAGGACACCAUGGAUAUUGGGUUCACCCCUCCUGACCAGAACCCCAUCAGGGGUACAGAGGGGGGAGUCAGGACGUACCGGUCCAGCCUCAGCUCAGAUGAGGAGGAGGAGGAUCCAACCAUCAACCUCAUGGGCUUCUCUCCUGAUCCACCAAUCAAAGUGAAGAAGCAAAGCAGCAGUGAAGAUGAGGAAACAGCAGGCACAGCUGUUAGAUUUGCUGCCAUCACUCCCUCCAAGAAGAUGAGAGACUACAUGGGUACUGACGUGGUAAUGUCCCCAGUACGAAGGUCCAUGCGUCUGGAGUCCGCUGGUGCCGUCAACCCUCCGCAAACUGUCGUAAGGAACCUCCACGAUCUUCCUGAAGACGUGGACUACGGUUACCAGCCCAACAAAAGCGUGCUCUGAUGUUGGGUAGAGUUUUAGACACGUUACAAUGUAAGAUACAUAUGAUGGUGUGUAUGAAACAGUUGAUAGAAAACAGUUGAUGUCAAUGUAUUUUAGGUCACACCAUUUUGGUCACUUUGGGGUUCUGGAUACAAAUAGAAAGGAAAUA